AUGUCGUCGUCGUCGCCGCUGCUGUCCGACGAGGGCGUGAGCCGGGUGCGCCGCAAGAAGGACUUCUCGCACAUGGACCGCGUCGACGGCCGCCCGGUCAACAUCCUCCAGGGCCUCGAGCUCCACACCGCCGUCUUCUCCCCGGAAGAGCAGCGCGCCAUCGUCGCCGCCGUCCUCGACCUGCAGGACCGCGGCCGCCGCGGCCUACUCCGAGAGCGGACCUACUCGGAGCCGCGCAAGUGGAUGCGCGGCAAGGGCCGCGCCACCAUCCAGUUCGGCUGCUGCUACAACUACGCCGUCGACCGGGACGGCAACCCGCCGGGCAUCGUGCGGGAGUCCGCCGUCGACCCGCUCCCGCCGCUGCUCGCCGCCAUGGUCCGCCGCCUCGUCCUCUGGCGCGUGCUCCCGCGCGCCUGCGUGCCCGACAGCUGCAUCGUCAACAUCUACGACGUCGACGACUGCAUCCCGCCCCACGUCGACAGCCACGACUUCCUCCGCCCCUUCUGCACCGCCUCCUUCCUCGCCGACUGCGACAUCCUCUUCGGGAGGAGCCUCAAGGUGCUCGGGCCCGGGGAGUUCGGCGGGGCAGGGUCCACCGCCAUCAACCUCCCGGCCGGGUCCGUGCUCGUGCUCAACGGGAACGGCGCUGACGUUGCCAAGCACUGCGUGCCCGCCGUGCCUGCCAAGAGGAUCUCCAUCACCUUCAGGAAGAUGGACGCCGCCAAGGUCCCGUUCGGGUUCACCCCUCACGCGAUGCUGCAGAACCUUUCCGCCGCCGCGCCGCCUGCAGUACUCCGGCCAGGAAUGACGAGCACCAGCACGCCUCCUCAACCGCCGCAGAACACAGGAGCAGCAGAAGGGCAGAGCCCAGGUGGCGUGCCUUUCAGUCUCUCCACAGAUGAGUUCCCGUCUCUUGGCGCCUCGUCGCCUGCGGUCCGGCCAGCAAUGACGAGCACGCCUCUAUACCGGCCGCAUAACACAGGAGCAGCAGAUCAGGAGACUCAAAGCGCGGCCGCGAGAGCUGCGACACCUAAGCCGCAGCAAGCGGCGACCCCUCAUAACAAGAAUCGGGUUGCUCCUGUCACGGCCAGACAGAGCGCCGGCGGCGUGCCUUUCGGUCUCUCCACCGACGAGUUCCCGGCGCUUGGCGCCUUGCCGGCCAGUGGACGCCGGCCGGGAAGGAGAUAG